AAAUAACGCAAUGUGCGAUUAUUGUCUGAGUGAGUCCAGCCAUGUCAUGUUUUCAGUUAUUUGGUUUUGCCAUUGAUAUGAUAUACUUGCAUUAACUGAACAGCCUAUUGUAAACUGAAUUACUACAGAGAUUCUAACUCAGAACCUUCUUUUCCCCGCAGAAUACCAGGGGAGCUAGAGGCAUAUACUGCCAAAUAAACCUCCAGGUACCACUCCUGAGGUUGUACUUUAGAGGACCACUCUACCCAUGGCUGGGGCAGGGAAGUGGAGAUGCUGGUGUUCCUCUACUGGCUGGCUAGUGCCACAUCAUACCGUGUCGUGGCAGAGGCUUUUGCGAUUCCAACGCAAACAGUCUUUGACUUGGUGCACAAGGCCAGUAAGAGGGUCCUUGCCAUUGUGAAGCGGGUGAUCCGUUUCCCCACUGCUGCAGAGAUGGACGGAGUUGGCGCUGGUUUUGCUCGCCUGGCGGGGUCGGCAGUGUUUGCUCGUGUGGCUGGCAGCAUUGAUGGCUGCCAUGUGAGAGUGGUUGCUCCAGCAGCACACGAGCAGGCAUAUUUAAACUGCAGGCUCUUCCACUCGAUCCAGUUCCAGGCUAUCUGUGACCGCAGGGGGAAGUUCCUGGACGUCUUCGUGGGUUACCCUGGAUCAGUCCAUGAUGCACGUGUCCUCAGGCACUCUGAUGUCUAUGUUCAUCAGCUGUACCCCCCCACAGGCAUGGUUCCUCAUUGGAGACGGUAGAUACCCCUGCAUCCAAGAUUGCA